AUGGGUUUCGCAAGAAAGAAUAUUUUCUACUUAAUUGUAUUUAUACUAUAUUUUUCAUAUAUAAACGCUUUAGAAGUAGCAACCGAACUCCCGAAAAAAGUAGAAGCGAUUCUAAAUGAAACGAGGCGAAUUAUUAAUGGAGACGAAGUAACUGAUGGUCGACCUUAUAUGGUCUAUCUAAAACUACCACGAAGUAACAAGAAACAACCAAACUACCGCACAUGGUUAUGCGGGGGUGUCAUAAUACACGAAGAGUAUAUUUUAACUUCUGCUGCUUGCAUCGAAGAUGCUGAACAUUUUUACGUAGUUUCUGGAACUUAUAAGUACGCUGAUGAUGAUGACAGAUAUAACAAUCCAUGUAUCAAAAACGGCGCAAAGAAAGCCAUCUGGAAGUGUGUUCCAAAAAAUUAUGUUUUCGAUGGACACGAGAACGACAACAUUAGAUGGAUGAACAACGAUAUAGCCGUAGUGAAAGUGGAAGAUGGAUUUGAUUUCACCAGAAGGAUCAGAGGCUGCGAUUUUGUGCCGAAACCUAUUUGUUACAACAACCAGAGUCAAACCUUGGAGAAUCCAGGUUCCAUCGUCAGCAUUUCCGGUUGGGGAACUACUUCUAGAUAUAAUGACUGGGUGAACAGAAGAAAAGAAAAUCAGCAAAACUUACUAGAAGCUCAAGUAGAAAUCAUCACAAAGAGCAAGUGCAAGAGGCGAUGGGGUUCCCGUUACCAUAACAUCAUCGAAAACUAUAUGAUUUGCACCAAGGACAUUGGUCAAACUAUGUCCGAAAUAUGUAACGAAAAGUAUGUUGACUGCCAAGACAUAAACUACUCUGAUGAAGAGGAUUUGAGGAGAGACGGGCGCGUAGUCAGGAGUGAAAAGAUACCAACCAAUCUAAAAUUACACUCUGCUUAUCACAACGAAUCGUCUGGCAAUGGCUCUGUCGACAGGAGGAGCAACGUUCACGUCGAUGGUGGUUUUUGUGAGAAUGACCACGGUGGUCCACUAGUUUACGGUAAUGGCGUCAAUUCCAUAGUCAUCGGUAUUAUUUCGGCUUGCCUUGUCAAAGAGAGGACUAACAAGUGUUAUGGGCCAUUCCUCUACACUAGCGUCUACAAGAAUCGGCAGUUCAUCUCCUGUGCUAUAUACAAGGAAGUUGAGCCCAGAUGCAGGAGGCAGUUCCGUUCCGGCAUCACCCACGUGGAGAAAGUGCUCUCGUGGAAAAAUCAUCCAGACGGCCCUGCCAAGAAUGAAGUUGAAGUGAAUAAACCUGAAAGCAGACCAGAGAUUAUACACCGAGCCCAGGAAACUACAGUGGACGCUUCUGGAGACAAAGUAUUUUCCGGCAGUGGUUUCAUACUCCGAGGAACCAAUGAUACUUUAUUAUUAGCAAAAGUAAACAGUACAGCGGUGUAA